GCGGGGGGGCGGAGCAAGAUGGCGGCGGUACCGGCUCUCCCGGUGUCCCUGUCGGGCAGGUUUAAGGGAUCCUUUGCAUAUUUUACAAUUAAAGACAGACUUCCCCAGAUCCUCACAAGAGUUAUUGAUACUUUGCAUCGACAUAAGAAUGAAUUUUUUGAAGAACAUGGUGAGAAGGGUGUUGAAGCAGAGAAGAGAGCUAUAUCUUUCCUCUCCAAACUGCGGAAUGAGCUGCAAACAGACAAGCCAGUGACCCCUUUGGAAGAUGAGUUGCCUGAUGCUGCAUUGUGGAACCAAUACUUGGACUACCAACGAAAUUUACCAAAUAGCAAUGGAGAACCAAGUUGGUUUCAGUCCCCUUGGCUGUAUGUAGAGUGUUACAUGUAUCGAAGAAUCCAUGCAGCAUUAGCACAGAACCCACCUAUUGACAACUUUGAUGUAUUUAAAGAAGGAAAGGCUCAAAAUUUCUUUGAAUCCCAAGAAGCUGUUAUUGCCUUAUGCACUUACUUUCAGGAACUUCUUAAGAACAUCAAGGAUCUAGAUGAAAAGCAGCUUCAGGAGGAACUGUUUAAGCUAUUGCAGGUGUCAUUGUGGGGCAAUAAGUGUGACCUUUCUUUUUCAGCUGGUGAAGACAGCUCUCAGAAAUCUAGUCCCUUGCAAUCCCUGGAAAACAUGGUACCUUACAUCUUAGUGAAUGAUAUGGAAAAAGUUUGGUCACUUCUUGUAAAUGCCAAAAAAAAUAGAACAGAAAGAAGUAAUGUUAGAGUUGACAUAAUCCUGGAUAAUGCUGGAUUUGAACUUGUAAGUGAUCUUGUUUUGGCUGAUUUCUUGUUAUCAUCAAAGCUAGCUGAUGAAGUCUAUUUUCAUGGAAAAAGUAUUCCAUGGUAUGUAUCAGAUACCACAAAGCAUGAUUUUAACUGGACUAUUAAACAGCUGGGGUCAGCUAAUCAUAUGUGGAUGUCUAGAUGUGGGAUAAACUGGGAGGGCAAUUUGAAAAAGGGAGUUUGGGUUUUCCGUGACCACAUGUUUUGGACUUUACCACAUGAUUUUUCCAGUACGAGUGAAGUUGCUCCUGACUUAUAUGCUGAGCUACAGAAGUCAAACUUGCUCCUUUUCAAAGGCGAUCUAAACUAUAGAAAAUUGACAGGAGAUAGAAAAUGGGAAUACAGUGUCACAUUUCAUCAAGCCUUGAAUAAGUUUCAUCCUGCGCCUCUCUGUAGUUUGAGAACACUGAAAUCUGACACUCAGGUUGGCCUGAAACCUGGACAAGGUGAACAAAUUCAGGCUUCUGAACCUGACUGGAUGAAAUUUAUUUUUCGUGGGAUUCCACUUCUUCCAAGUCUAAUGAAGUAAAAGAUUAAAAGCUGAGUUCGUCAGAAUAAAGUGUGUUUUUUAAGGGCAAAUAACUUGAUAGAUCUGCCGUAAAAUACAGCUGUAUGAGGACUCUCUCCCCAUCACCAAGCGUUCAGAAGCAGCUGAAGUGUAACUCCCGAACCAGCCGUGGCACUGCAGGACUAGGGAUGGGGAAGUGCUCGAGCACGUUUCCAGGGAAGUUAGCACAAAGUUUCCCAAUCACUUAAUCCUGCCUCUGCACUCCACUCCCGUAGUAGGACGGAUUAGGCUGUAGUCGAAUGCUGGACAAAUCCAGGAUGAUAUUUUUGUUCAGAUUUGCAGUGGAUAGUAAAACGUGCC